GUCCCAGUCUGGAUCUUCCAUACGGCGCUGGCUGGAGUUCUGCAGUGUGGGCAUCAGUCGGUGCCGUUCGCACUGGAUGGAGGAUUACCGUCCGAGUUCAUCGAUAGGAAGUCCAGAUACCGAGCGAUUCGGACCGGUAGCCGUUCGGGUGCCAGCUUGCGUCCGCCGGACUUGUACAACAAAAGGCAGAAGGGGAGCCGAUUCGAGGCUGAGCGGGGACACAGGGAAUCACAGCGGCUGAGUCGCGUUGCUUGGCCAAACAUGAAGAUCAAUGACUAGCUAACAACACCGAGCCCAGCGGUUUGACCAGGCUAACCAGGCUAACCGUGGUCGUCAGCGAGAGCAGAGCAGGGACUGAAAUUCGCUUCUGUGCAGGUUUCUUUGUGUGAAGCGUGGCCGCUUGACAUUUCGAGGUCAUGUUGCUGUGUACGCCGAUUAAUUAAGGUUAGACCUAAUCUAGCUAGCUAGCUAGCCGGCUAAUGUAUCACAACAAUAGAGGGACCGGGCUGCUAGAUAACGCUGGCUAGCUCGAAAGCAGAAGCUAGGCGAGGUGGGGGCAGAGGAAGCAGCGUUGAGUCAGUUCUUCAGACUGAGGCUCACGUCUUCGUCCUGCUGGUUUUGGCUAGUUAGAGCCACAGAGCCAGAGGACACGGUGGACAACAAAGCCGACGUCUAGCUUAACGUUACUGACAGCGACGCUGGACUAACCUUUACUGCAGCUCAGGAUGACACGACGAUAAGGCGAUGAAAUGCUGAUGCAAGAUCUUCUAUAACCGCAUAUUAUUCAUUAGAGAGAAUGAGAAGGGGCGAUCAGAGGGUCUGGACUUGACUACAAAUGACCCUGAAGACCACCUGGCUGUCUGGUGUCGAGCGUUCGCAGUUUGCUGCCGUUUCUGUGUCGGCCGGAGUCUCGACCCUGCAGCCUCCUGAUCUCAUUUAGCUGCCUGGCAUCGCGUCUAGUUUCCCCGUCAGUGUAAGUGAGAAUGGCCGCCGUUGUGAAUUAUUCCCCACCGUGGUGGGUUAAUCUGCUGCAUCGCCUUCCUCACUUCAACCUGCAGUUCGAGCAGACCAGCAGUGAUUUUCGCCCGGAGGAUUCGUCCUAUCAGCAGUCCAUUCUGCUGCUGGGUGGUGUGGCUCUGGCCUGUCUGGCUCUGGACCUCCUCUUCCUCCUCUUCUACUCCUUCUGGCUCUGCUGCUGUCGCAAAAAGAGUGAUGAGCAGCCCAACGCAGACUGCUGCUGCACCGCCUGGUGCGUCAUCAUUGCCACCCUCGUGUGCAGCGCCGGCAUUGCUGUUGGUUUCUACGGGAACGGAGAGACCUGCGAUGGAGUGAACCGGCUCACUUACUCACUGCGCCACGCCAACCGCACUGUGGCUGGAGUACAGAAACUGGUAGCAGACAGCGCCACCUCUCUGAACCAGUCCGUAGACGAGAAUUUGCAGCGUUUGGAGACUCAGUACGCGAAGCACACAGACUACCUGUCCAUUGUGCAGAAGUUACAGGGCCAGCUGGAUGAGCUAGUCAAACAGAUGGUGGAAAUCCCCUUCUGGAACAAUCCCAGCAUCUCCCUAGAGGACCUGGCCUUCAAGAUCGAACUCUACGACUGGUACAGGUGGCUGGGCUAUCUGGGACUUCUCUUGUUUGACGUCCUCAUCUGCCUGCUGGUGCUUUUCGGCCUCAUCCGCAACUCUAAAGGAACUCUCAUUGGUGUCUGUUUACUGGGUGUGUUGGCACUGGUAAUCAGCUGGGGAUCUCUGGGUCUGGAACUGGCUGUCUCCUCGACCUCCAGUGACUUUUGCGUGGCACCAGACAUGUAUGUCGCCAGAGUGGCCGAGCAGUACGGAGUCAUCAACAAAGACAUCCUGCAGUAUUACCUCCAGUGCAGCGUGGGGCAGGCCAACCCCUUCCAGCAGAAGCUUUCUGGAAGUCACAAGGCUCUGGUGGAAAUGCAGGAUGAUGUGUCAGAACUUUUGCGUUCCGCAGUGCGGGACUACCCCCAAACCAAGAGCAAUCUGGAGCAGAUUCAGGGAGUUUUGAAUACCACUGAAAUUGGGCUGCAUCAGCUGACCGCCCUAGUGGACUGCCGCAGUCUGCACAUGGACUAUGUGCAGGCAGUGACUGGACUGUGCUAUGAUGGUCUUGAGGGGCUGAUCUAUCUGGUGCUCUUCUCCUUCGUCACCGCUCUCAUGUUCAGCUCCAUCGUGUGCAGCGUGCCUCACACAUGGCAGGGCAGGAGGCCUGAUGAGGAUGGUGAGGAAGACUCUGGGGCUGCCGGAGGAAGGCAGAACCAUGAUAACCUGUACCGGGUGCACAUGCCCAGCCUGUAUAGCUGUGGCAGCAGCUAUGGCAGUGAGACUAGCAUCCCUGCAGCAGCACACACCGUCAGCAAUGCUCCUGUUACCGAGUACAUGACGCAGAAUGCAAACUUCCAGAAUCCCCGCUGUGAGAACACUCCUCUCAUUGGGAGAGAGUCACCUCCUCCCUCUUACACGUCCAGCAUGAGGGCCAAGUACCUGGCAAAUGCCCGUGCUGACCCCAACAACAGCACUUCUGCAGCACACUAGAGAAGCACUGGGCCCUUUCCCCUAAUCUCGCACACUCACACACGUUCACACGCACUCACAGAUGAGCCCCUGUUUCCACGGCCUAAGCAGACUCCAGCCCACAGAACCCAGCCUGGCCUCAUCACCCAAGCCCACCCAUCUAGCCACUACAGGCCAGAAGGUGCGCUGGCCCUUUGAUGUGCACUCGCCAAACCCAAUCAACACAAGGACAUCCUGGCAUCAUGGAAACACACUCAAGCAGAGGGCCCCUUCUGCUGUUUACAGAUGGCUGACCACAGUCCCAACCAGAGCCCAGCAGGCAGAGCAGUGGGUUACUUCUAACAAGCGCGUGCGUGUGCGUGCGUGUGCGUGUGCGUGCGUGUGCGUGCGUGUGUGUGCGUGUGUUUGCGCGUGUUUUUGUACACGUUUGUGUGUGUACAUGUGUUUGUUAGUCCGUGCUGCCCUUGCUUUCUUGUGGUGCUUUUGCCAGAGGACCCAGAGCCCCAUACGUACACAGCCAGAAGGAGGUGAUGGGCCUCAAAUCACAUUCCUGCAUGACUUAUUCUAUAAUGUGACUUCCUCUAUUAUAUAGGAUUUCUAUUCUUUGACAUACAACAGUAACAUCUACUCUGAGUAGCUGGACAGGUAAAGCGAUAUGAACUCCACAGCAGGUAACAAGUCAGAGGAGCUGACGUCAACGAUUUGCAAUACUAACUAAUAUGAAUUACCGGACUGGUAUGAACACGGCGUGUUUUUUAACUUCACUGAUGCAGUGGUGCUAGUUAUCCUCACUAAAAUCUGAAAAGAAUACUGCCAUUAUGUAUAUGAAAAGGGGGGAAAAGUAGCAAUAGUCAGCUUGGGGUUGAAAAUGGGCUUGGGGUUUAGCUCUAGUUUAAUAUUUCAUUGUGAGCUCUCUUAGGUGGGGUAGUGUUGAUGGAAAAGCUGAUGUGGCAAGCUUUGGAAAGCCCCUGUGCAAGUUUGUCCCUCCUGUUUUCCAGCAUACGAACUGCAUAUAAACAACCACCCAGAGGACCCUAGUGCGGUCCAAAUGAGACCAAGCUGUCUCGCUUGCCCACACUGGAAUACUCCCAGCAACACUGCGAUGCCUGCACAUGAGAAUGAGGUUGAGUUUGAGAAGGAGGUUGAACUCAGACUCAACUGCGUUGGAUUACUUGACCGCAAACUGGCAUUUGAGUGUUGUUUGGGUACUCAUCAUCGUACCCACUGGAAGGGAAGGCAAGCCUGAGAUAGCUUUGGCCGCUAUUGACCUUAGCUUGAUACUGCAUUCAACACAAUACUCUGCAGUCGAACUGUGGAGUGUCUGGGGACCACUUAAUGUUAUUUUUGCUCUUACAUGUCUCUGCCUAUGGUUUAUCGGUUAUCUGCUACAUUUGUCUUGCAUGCUUGCAGCUGUUCACCCUCCUCGGAGGGGUUCGUCAUUGAAACGUGUCGCCACUGUUGUGAAAAAACGAUGAAACGUACUUGAGAACCUCUCUGUGCUGUACAUGAACUAUGAACUGGACGGACUGCUGAGCAAGCUUUGCUGUUCAGGUUGUAUUUCUUUUCCCCUCAGCUGUGAAGCAGAAUGAACUUGAGGUGGAGAAAUAGGCGGCCACUCCCAGAGAAAGGACGGUUGCCUUUUGGAACUCUUGUAACUCAGAUGCUCAGUAUGAUCUACCAAGGACCAAAAUGUCCAGGGUUUUUCUUCAAGGUCCAUAUUUCUGAUGCAUCUGAGAGUGCUGAUCUCAUACAUCCAUGACAUAGUAGUUAUUAGGCUAUUACAGACCAUAACAUACCUUUGAACCUAAGGCUGCAGCAUUCAGAGAAGAGUACUGGUCGAGGAGAAAGUGCCAUAUUGAACUGUGCACUGUUUUCCUCAGGAGACAUCUCACAUGCACAUAAUGCCGUAGGAUCUGCUAUAUCUCCUCUGCUCUGGAUCCCUCACAUUAAGGUUUGGAAGUUGCGGAUGGUCUCCUGCAGUGGUUAGUGAGCUGGUAAUCAGUCUACACUGCUGGAGAUCAAGGUCUUCUCUGUCCUUCUUCUGAGCCGCUGUCUGGUACGCAAAGUCCACUUUAACUGAGUGGGCCAACCAAACACCACUUCCAGAGAACACUCCCAUCUCAUGAAAGGCCAAAAAGGCCAAGCUGUUCCAUGUACAUCUACUUUCCUGGAUCAGAGACACGCAUGCUGUGUAAGGACAAGCUUGGGACUAAUCAUACACAAUAAAUUCAAAGCUCCUGUGAUUCUCUGAGGAGGUCAUACUAGGAGAAAAGAGCAAAAGGGAAUACUUUAAGACUUAAGGAAAAUAAAGCCUGAUUUAUUUGUGUCAUUAGCUCAUAUCCUGAACAUCUCUCGCUUACUGGACUGUGUGAGCUUCUGUUCAUUUACUUCUCUGAGGCAUGGUGACCUUUCAAUGUGGAGUGUGAAGUGUUCUCGUGUGCUACUGAUGCUUGCAUUGGGUUUCUUGAUUGAUGCUUUUAUCGCAAUCAAUAACGAGGUGAGGUUCCUCGACUGUGCCAACAACCAAACCGCAACUCUUUGACCUUCCUUGUAUCUUUUAAAUGUUUCACAUCUUUUAAAUGGGCCUUUUUUGUACAUUCACACAGCUCUGCCUAGCCUGAGCGACCAAACUACUCACCUGUGAACAUGAGCCCGACGUUCUAAGAAUUGUAUUUUUUUUUUCUAUGUGAAUGAUCAUUUGUUAGUGAGGCAUUUUUUGUUUGUUUGUUUGUUUUUACAUCUGCAUACUCUGUUAAUAUCGUAUUGCUAGACCAAUGUAUAUACCAUAUAUAAUACAAUGCAAAAUGAAGAAAAUGGCUUGUGUCAAGGACAAUGAAUUUGCAAUACCAUAGUGCAAACUGUCACACUUCAUCUCAUUACUUUUUUUUAUUUUAUUUUAUUUUUUCCGAUUUCUAGUCUUGGUGGCAAAUUUUUAGAAUGAUUAUUAGUAAGCACAAAAGAAGAACUUUUGUCUCAUGUGAAUAAAUGAGUUUGGUAUUUCAUUGAAUUGUUUUGAUAAAACUUCACUGUAGAAUUCCUUUUUUUUUUCUUUUACUUUUUGCAUUUACUAAAAUAUUGUACAUGUUAAACCUGUGGUUUUAUUGAGCUUGAACUCAGUGUUUUCAGAUUAAAGUACAUUAACUGAUGACCAAAGUCA